UGCUGUGCAGGGAGCAUGCAGCGGGGCUCCUGGCCCCCACCCUCUGGGGCCCCUUGUCGGGGGUGGAUCCCACUCUCAGUCUCCGGGAUGGCCUGGUGCCCAACUAGGUUUAACUGGGGGGAUGAUGGGGGAACAGUGCUGCACACUUGGGGAGCUGAGCUGGGGAGCUCUGGACCACUGGAAUAGGUAGGGGGCCUCCCUGAAGGGGUCAGGGGAUACUGAUGCAGGCAAUAUUUAGGAAGGCUGGAGCCAUCCUUGAGACAAGGAGCAAAAAGGUGGGUGGAAAUUCCAGGUAGCCUGGACACGUGGUUGAGGACAUUUUUCACAGAGACCUGUGGCUCUCAUGUCCACUGUGUGCUCAGUCAGAUUAUUCAAGCUCUUGAACCCCGCCUGUGCAGUGGAGGCACCAGCAGUGGCACCAGCUUCCAGGAUGAUAGUCGGCUGGGAUCGCACCAGCUGGGGCUCAGCACAAAGCCUGGCAGCGGUCAGUGCUUGGUGUGUGUCAGCAACUAGGGUGUUUUUGUUCCCCUGAGUGUCAUCUUUAUCAUGGUCACUGUCACUCCACAGGACCCCUGGGAACUGGCCAGGGACCACUUCCCAGCUGGGAACACAAGGAGGUGGGAGCAGGGGAAGUUCUCCUCCAAGGUCAAACCUAGGCCCCCGUGCCACCUCCGCUGCAGUUCCUCUGCCCCUUCAGCCGACUUGGUGCCCCUCAAACCUGAGUGCCCCUUCUCCCUCUAGGCUGUGCUUCCGCUGGACCCAGGUGGGCCCCAGAUCUAGGUUGGCCCAUUUGUCCUGCCUCCUCUGACUAUCCCAGGUCCCCCCUUGGACCAGAGGUGGGCUUGAUGCUUUCCCUUCUGUAUGUUGGUUUGAGCAAUGAUCGUUGGGGUCUUCUGUGCACCGGGGUGAGGAUGGGGAGACUGGGCACAGAAGGAAAGAAUGCCCACCUCUGCUCAUAGUCGGGUAAGAAGGGUCCCAAGAAGAAUGUGGGAAAUGCCUUAGAAAGGGUGAGCCAGGAGGACUGGGCCCAAGGAGGGGCAGGUCAUUCUGGUCCCGUGGGUAGUCUUGGGGCUCUUCCUGGAGAAGAUGGUGUCGGAGUGGAACAUGGUAGGUGGAGAGGAAGGGAAAGGGCAUCCUGAGCAAAGUCUCGGGCAGGGACCAGUGAGGGACUGUGUAGCUGAAGUGCUGGGUGGAGAGAGGAAUAUUUGGGAACAUGAGUCCCACUGGGCCUGGGUCUUGGAUAUUGGCUAAGGAAUUUGGACAAACCUGAGGGCAGUGGGGAGCCAUAGAGGGAUUUUGUGUGAGACGGAGGGCAUGGCGAGGUUUGUAUUUUGGAAAGCCUACUCUGGGUGAUGUGUGUGGAUGAUGGAUUGGAGGGAGGCUGGGGACAGGGAGAUGGCAGGAAGGCUCUUGGAAAGAAAGCCUAGAUGACAGGUGGUGAGGUCUGAGCCUGGGUGGCCAUGGAUGCAGAAGAGGGGCUGGACCAGAGACGUGUUAACAUCAUGCAGUCUGCAGAUCAGCUGUGGGUGGGGAGGAAGAGGGAGGACCAGGAGACACUGCCUUUGUCUGGUGGGGAAACCUGGAGGGAUGACAGGGCCAUCUCUGACAUGGGGACAUCAGCGGAGAAGGUGCAAAGUUAGGAGGAACAAGCCAAUUUCAGGUGUGAAAUGUUGGCUGAGAGGAGCCUGAAGGACAUCUAGGUGGAGGUUCUUUCCUGGAGUGCAGGAGGUGGAUGCCCGUGGAGAUCAGACUGGUACCGCUGGGACCAUGGGGCUGCGUGGGCUUGCGUGUUUGGUGCACACUUCUUCCUGGAGAUAGAAGGGUUCGAGCCCAACCCCACUGUCACCAAGACCUCUCCCCCCAUCUUCUCCAAGCCUAUGGACUCCAACAUCCGGCAGUGCCUCUCUGGCAACGGAGAUGACAUGGACUCCCCACAGUCUCCUCAGGACGAUGUGACAGAGACCCCCUCCAGCCCUAACAGCUCCAGUGCAAAUCUGGCCAAGGAGGAGCAGAGGCGACAACGGAAGCGGCUGAAGAGGCGCAUCUUCGCGGCUGUGUCGGAGGGUUGUGUGGAGGAGCUGCUGCAGGGGCUGGUGGAGCUGCAAGAGCUUUGCAAACGGCGCCGUGGCCUAGAUGUGCCUGACUUCCUCAUGCACAAGCUGACGGCCUCGGACACAGGGAAGACCUGCCUGAUGAAGGCCUUGUUGAACAUCACCCCCAGCACCAAGGAGAUCGUGCGGAUCCUGCUCACCUUUGCCGAGGAGAACGACAUCCUGGACAGGUUCAUCAAUGCCGAGUACACUGAGGAGGCCUAUGAAGGGCAGACGGCGCUGAACAUCGCCAUCGAGCGGCGGCAGGGCGACAUCACUGCGGUGCUCAUCGCGGCCGGCGCCGACGUCAACGCCCACGCCAAGGGGUUCUUCUUCAACCCCAAGUACCAGCACGAAGGCUUCUACUUCGGUGAGACACCCCUGGCGCUGGCAGCAUGCACCAACCAGCCUGAGAUCGUGCAGCUGCUGAUGGAGAAUGAGCAGACGAACAUCACCUCGCAGGACUCACGGGGAAACAACAUCCUACAUGCGCUGGUGACCGUGGCCGAAGACUUCAAGACGCAGAAUGACUUCGUUAAGCGCAUGUAUGACAUGAUCCUGCGGAGGAGUGGCAACUGGGAGCUGGAGACCAUGCGCAACAACGACGGCCUCACGCCGCUGCAGCUGGCUGCCAAGAUGGGCAAAGCCGAGAUCUUGAAGUACAUCCUCAGUCGGGAGAUUAAGGAGAAGCCACUCCGGAGCCUGUCCCGGAAGUUCACUGACUGGGCAUAUGGGCCUGUGUCGUCCUCACUCUACGACCUCACCAAUGUGGACACCACGACAGACAACUCGGUGCUGGAAAUCAUUGUCUACAACACCAACCUCGAUAACCGGCACGAGAUGCUGACUCUUGAGCCCCUGCACACGCUGCUGCAUAUGAAGUGGAAGAAGUUUGCCAAGUACAUGUUUUUCCUGUCCUUCUGCUUUUAUUUCUUCUACAACAUCACCUUGACUGUCAUCUCUUACUACCGCCCACGGGAGGAGGAGGCUCUCCCACACCCCUUGGCCCUGACACACAAGAUGGGGUGGCUGCAGCUCUUAGGAAGGAUGUUUGUGCUCAUCUGGGCCAUGUGCAUUUCUGUGAAAGAGGGCAUUGCGAUCUUCCUGCUGAGACCCUCAGAUCUGCAGUCCAUCCUCUCAGAUGCCUGGUUUCACUUCGUCUUUUUUGUCCAGGCUGUGCUUGUGAUACUGUCUGUCUUCUUGUACUUGUUUGCCUACAAAGAGUACCUCGCCUGCCUUGUGCUGGCCAUGGCCCUGGGCUGGGCGAACAUGCUCUACUACACGCGGGGAUUCCAGUCCAUGGGCAUGUACAGCGUCAUGAUCCAGAAGGUCAUUUUGCAUGAUGUUCUGAAGUUCUUGUUUGUGUAUAUCCUGUUCUUACUUGGAUUUGGAGUAGCCCUGGCCUCGCUGAUCGAGAAGUGUUCCAAGGACAGUAAGGGCUGCAGCUCCUACGGCAGCUUCAGUGAUGCGGUGCUGGAGCUCUUCAAGCUCACCAUCGGCCUGGGUGACCUGAACAUCCAGCAGAACUCCAAGUAUCCCAUCCUGUUUCUCUUCCUGCUCAUCACCUAUGUCAUCCUCACCUUUGUCCUCCUCCUCAACAUGCUCAUCGCCCUGAUGGGAGAGACUGUGGAGAAUGUCUCCAAGGAGAGUGAGCACAUCUGGCGCCUGCAGAGAGCCAGGACCAUCCUGGAGUUUGAGAAAAUGUUACCAGAAUGGCUGAGGAGCAGAUUCCAGAUGGGAGAGCUGUGUAAAGUAGCAGAGGAAGAUUUCCGACUGUGUUUGCGGAUCAACGAGGUGAAGUGGACUGAAUGGAAAACACAUGUCUCCUUCCUCAACGAGGACCCCGGGCCUGUGAGGCGGACAGCAGAUUUCAACAAAAUCCAAGAUUCUUCUAGGAGCAACAGCAAAACCACACUCAAUGCAUUUGAUGAAAUGGAUGAGUUUCCAGAAACUUCGGUGUAGAAGCAGAAUCUAGAGCUGGUGUGAGCGUGGGCCGUCUGAUGCUGCAGGCUGGGUCCUGGACUCUGUGCUGAGGGCUCUGCAGAGUGCUGGGAGGCUGGCUCUGCCUGCCUAGAAGCAGGAAGCACCCUUGCUGGGCAAGAGGCUGAACUGAGCAGCAGCUGUUAGUUUGUCUGGGUGGGAAACACCCUGGAUUUUGUUACUUGGCAAAGAGUUUGUAUAAACCUGUGGCCAGCAGUCCUGAGCCAGGCAGUCCCUGCAGUCCAGGGUGAAGUCCCUGGGCUCACCCAUUGCAGGCUGGCUUGGCCUAGGAGAGAACAGAGGCAGGAAGGGGCCUGGGCCUGAAGAGCAGAGCUUUCUUCCUGCCAUCAUCUCCAUGACAGUCCCUGGGCCCAGCCCACACAUGCCACCAUCUCCCUUACUGUGAGGUAGUCUCCUGAGUUUAAAAGGGACUCUUGACCCCAUCGCAGAACAUACAGGGGACUGAGCUCACUUGGAUAUCCUGGGGGAGGAGGGCCCUUCGGGAACAGGGAACUACCUUUGGAAAGGGCGCCUUGGCAUCCCAAGGCUCAAACUGUCUCCAACUGAGAGACGUUUUUAGUAGCAUAAUUAAGACAGGUUUUUAUUUUCAAUAGAGAAAAGACAUUUCAGUUCUGAAUGAAAGUUACUUCAGAGGAAGUAGGUGAUUUUAAAGGCUGAGAACUAGAUUUUUGGAGUUGGGGGCUGGAUGUAAGUAUUAUAUACUUGGCCUCAGGGUGGCCAGAGCGAGGACAAAAAGCUUUUCUUCACACACACAAAAGCCCACAUGAGCCCCGCCAGUGAUCUGGGUGAAAGAGCCCUGGCUCUGCAGUCGUGCGAGCCUGCACGCUGGGAUCGUGGCUGCAUCUGAGGCAGAAACAGCCGCUGCUCUCUUUAUAUCAUCUGGAAUCUCAGAGGUCACUGUUCCACCUCAGUAUUCCUCGGGGGAGGACUUUCACAAGAUACCUGGACUGCUCUGGUAUUAAAUAUUUUUGUUAACUGUGAAUUUUGAGGCUGAGGAGAGGACAUAUGAGAAAGGAGCGUUAGCCAAGAUAUGGGGCUUAUUUUUAUAUCCUCAUUUUCUGCUUAUUUCCAACCUGAAGUUACAGAGUCAGAAUGGGGGCAGAGGUGAAGGAGAGAUGGGAGAAGUGUUCUGGCUUAUUGGAGCCAAAAUAACCAGAAAACUCUACUCUGCCUUGGUUCUCUGAUGACAGGAUUCAUGUGGGAAUUUCUGAGGUGGAAUUAUAUUAGCCAUGGGUUUUAAUUUGAAGUGGCGCAAAAAUAAAUUUGACCUUUAGACAACUUGGCAAUUAGCUAGUUAAGUCUGACUGGAGGCCAGCGGAGGUGGGCAGGCCAAGCAGUCCACUUCUGGCCUGUUUUUCUGCCCUAAGUUGCUCUGUGUACCAGUUUACCUGGGUGGGUAGACACUUGGCCCUCAUGCCCCGGAUGGGCCAGUUCAGGGAGAGGCCGGGUGGGCUGAAUAUGCGAUCUGAGAGCUGCACUGUCUGCAGCAGCCCUUUGCCCUCCAGCUGACUCAUGGAUCCAACCAGUGCUCUGGGCUAGUGUCAGACCAAGCUCAGACGUGAGCAGGGGUGGCAGGCACUAGGCAUGUGCUCUGGAGGAGAAGCUUUAGGGGAGAUUGUCUUGGAGGCAGGAAAACAAAAUGUGUUCCAGACGGGCAGAACUAGUCCUAAAGGUCGGAAAUUUCAGAGAGAAGGAUUCUGGUUCAAUUCAGUCCAGCAAGUGUUCCAGAUAUGAGAGAUGUUUAAACAGAAGCUGGUGAGCACUUAUUAGGGAUGUUGUUAAAUGUCACAAUCAAAUGAGCUUUCAGGUACUUUUAGCUUGGAGAUCAGUGUCCUGUGUCUGGAGUUACCGGCUUGUAUUUAUCUAGAACAGAUGUCUUGGUUUGAAGGGCAGCUAUUUGGAUCCAUAGCACCAUGGUCUACACCAUGGAGCAGGGGAUUCCAGAAUUGUUUAGACUCAGAUAUGAAUGGAUAAAGCCGUGACUCUCCAUUUCCCACUUGAACAAUAAAUGGGAAGUUAGGCAAAUAGAAAUCAAUAAUGAGAUCUUUGUCCUUUUGCAUGUUUGGAGAGCUGCUGUUUGUGGGUCUGGAUGGAAUUUGUUGGCAGGACCCAUUUUUUGUAUUGGAUGUUGAUCCCCACAAGGCUUUCAGCCAUGGCAGGUUUACCAAGGCAAAGGGAAGCAGUGAGUCAAAGAGCCUUGGUUUAAAAGGACCAGUUCCCUUAUUUUACACCUGGGGACUAAGGCUCAGAAAAGAGAGUGAACUUGUUUCAGGUCAUGUGGGGAGUCACAGCAGAGCUGCUGAAGCUGGAGUGUUUGAUUCCUGGACCACACAUAUUCCCCCUGCAUUUUUUUAAAGCACUGUUAUUCAGUAAAUUCGAGUCAGCCUUUGUGGCUGGCAUAUCUACAUGCUCCCUGUAACAGGUUGAAAACUUAAAUGUGCACACAGGUGUGUGCAAAAUCACACACACGCGUGUACCCCACCCCACCCCUCACUGAAUCCAUGGGUGUAUCAGGACAUCUUAAAACUCCAUGAUUUACAUUUCAGUAGUUUAAAUUCAGUAAUUUAAGGGGAAUGUAUUUUCCAAGGAUGGAAUCUCCCAUGCUCAGACAACAGUUCUGGCUGGAAAUUUUCCUUUCGUUGAACUCUGCCUCAGGAAUAAUCUAUAAUUCUAGACAUUACCUGAUGUACCUGGAAAAAAAUGGUGUUUACCUUCCUCCUUGGGAUAUGGGAGAAGGUGUGCGAGGCUGUACUGUGAAGUAAUUAAUCUCUUAGAAGGCUCCUGCUCAAGAUGGCCAGUAUUAUGAAUGUUCUUCUCCUUCCUCAAGGCCUGGUGCCCUGUGUCCUUUUGCUCUGGGCAGGGCCUAGGCAGACGGACCAUCAUCCUGGCCUAUAAGCUAUACUUGAUUUCCAUGUUUUUACUGUGAUCUUGUUCCCAAACACAGAAUCGUCACCUUGUUCUCAUUGAAUGUGCCUGAUCCUUAUAAAUUCUAAUUUACAUACUU